AUGGCCCUCCCACUCUCAGCCACACUCUCCAGUCUCCCCCCCGUCAUCACAGACGAACCGCAGGCAAAGGUACGAGCCAUCCUGCAAGACCCUGCUGCCCGAGCUCCAGUCCUUGUAAUUUUAGACGAUGACCCUACCGGCACGCAAACAUGCAACAACAUCCCAGUUCUGCUGAUCUGGGACACGAAAACACUGUCAACUGAACUUCAACAAACACCUACGGGCGGGGGCUUUUUCAUCCUCACCAACUCGCGAGCCCUGCAUCCGGAACCGGCGGAAGCACUCAUCACUGAGAUCUGCACCAACCUCCAAGCCGCCUCGGCCGCUACUGGCAUUGCCUUUGAGAUUGUGCUCCGUAGCGAUUCUACUCUUCGGGGCCACUUUCCGCUAGAGGUCGACGUCGCAGAAAGAGUCCUUGGGGCUGCAGAUGCGUGUCUUCUAUGUCCCUUUUUCUUCCAAGGAGGUCGAUACACGAUUGACGACGUGCACUACGUGGUCGAAGGCGAUGUUCUAACACCAGCUGCGGACACACCCUUCGCCAAGGACGGAACGUUUGGGUACGCCAAUUCAAAUCUCCGAGCCUACGUGGAAGAGAAGAGCAUGGGCCGCAUCCCGGCUGAUACUGUGGCCUCGCUGAGUCUCGACGUUAUUCGCAACAGAGAUCCAGACGUGUUAUUUGAACAGCUACUUCAGGUACCAAAAGGAUCUGUCGUGGUCGUAAACGCCACCACAGAUCAAGAUGUCGACGCCGUUGUGUUGGCCGUGUUGAGGGCAGCCAGCCAAGGGAAGCGGUACAUCUACCGAACAGGAGCCGCAUUUGUAUCCGCGCGGCUGGCGAUUGCUCAGAUCGCGCCCAUCUCGUCUUCCCAGCUCUCCUUCUCUCCACACGUGGGCGGCUUGAUCAUCGCUGGGUCCUACGUCCCAAAGACGACGGCGCAGCUCAACAAAUUAAUAGCUUCAAGUGGUGACCGUCUGACGGUGGUAGAGCUUCAGGUGGAGCAAUUGCUCAAGUCCCCCGAAGACGCCUCAAAAGCCGUUGCCGAUGCAAUCGCAAUCGCCGAGCGCGAAAUUACCAGAGGACAGGAUACGCUUGUAAUGACAAGCCGCAAGUUGAUCAAAGAUGCAGACAAGGCCAAGAGUUUGACGAUUGGAUCUAUUGUGGCAAACGCUCUCGUUCAGUUCCUGGUUGAGCUCAAGACGAAGCCACGAUACAUCAUUGCCAAAGGAGGCAUCACAUCCUCAGAUAUGGCCACCAAGGGACUUAGAAUGCAAAGAGCUCUUAUUCUGGGACAGGCAGCGUCGGGGGUGCCGCUCUGGAGGUGCGACGAAGCAUCAUCGAAGUGGCCUAGUUUGCCGUAUGUCGUAUUUCCUGGAAAUGUUGGGACUGAUGAAGCGCUGUUUCAACUUGUAGAUAGCUGGAGCAAGUAG